AUGGGGAGCGUGGACGGAGAUACGCUGACGAAACGCGACGAGGUGGUCGACGCUGGUGAAACUACGCUCGAAGUGCGGGUUGUAUCUCAAACUAGUCGUCCGCCGAAGCUGGUACGUACUCGGGGUGUACGACGAGGCGUUCCAGUCGUGGGUAUCACGAGGAGUGCGAACAUAGCAGCCCUGGUGGGACGCGACAAGGUGCCGGGUAAGGACUACGCUGACAUAACGGAACGCGUCCGCGUCGUGGGAAUCGUGCGAGGAACGUUCCAGAAGUGGCUCCAAGCUCAAGGUCAAAUGGCAGGCGAAGUAAAGAGGACGGAUAUUGCCGCUCGGGUAGCUAUUGCUACUUUCAACAAGCUUCACUUUACUUUUCUUGAGCUCUUCACUGCGCGUGAGGCCUGGGCCGACGGCCUUGCUACGGGAGUCUUUGACUUCCUCUUCUCUUCCGAUCGACGUGGAGCUACUACGAUUUGA